GCGGCCAUGUCAGUAUAAACAAUUGAAGUAAAUAUUUCUUUUGCUGACAUAAAGAAAAGUUAAUUUUGCUCCUAAUUGAAUUAUUGCACUAAAUUUGUACAUAGUUAUUAGAAAGAAAUAAUAUGGAUACUGAUGAUAUGGAAAGCUCUAGCGGCGGACCAAUGUCCAGCCUGAAUAGUUUGUUUUCUUUUACAUCACCUGCAGUAAAAAAGUUAUUGGGGUGGAAGCAAGGUGAUGAGGAGGAAAAAUGGGCAGAAAAGGCCGUCGAUAGCUUGGUUAAAAAAUUAAAAAAACGUAAAGGUGCUAUUGAAGAAUUAGAGCGAGCUUUAAGCUGUCCAGGCACACCAAGUAAAUGUGUUACUAUACCCAGAUCUCUAGAUGGCAGAUUACAGGUAUCACAUCGCAAAGGUCUACCCCAUGUGAUUUAUUGUCGUGUAUGGCGUUGGCCUGAUCUACAAAGUCAUCAUGAAUUGAAGCCUUUGGAACUAUGUCAGUUUCCAUUUAGUGCAAAACAAAAAGACGUUUGUAUAAAUCCGUAUCAUUACAAGAGAGUUGAAAGUCCUGUUCUUCCACCAGUUUUGGUGCCACGACAUUCAGAAUUUGCACCAGGACAUUCAUUGCUACCAUUUCAGCAGAUCUCAGAACCUAACAUGCCCCACAAUGUUAGCUACUCGAAUAACGGAUUUAAUUCCCAACAUAAUGGUCCUCAAAGUCCUAUAUCAUCUGUUCCAAGUCCCGGUUCCAUAAAUUCGAAUCCACAAAGCCCUUACAGUGGUUUACCUGAAACUCCUCCUCCUGCUUAUAGCCCUCAUGAAGACAAUGGUAAUGUAUCGCCAGUGGAUAAUGCUAUGGAAGUUGCUCCUGUUAGUUAUCAAGAACCAGCUUUUUGGGCAAGCAUAGCAUAUUAUGAGCUUAACUGUCGUGUAGGUGAAGUGUUUCAUUGUAAUUCACACUCUGUGAUCGUAGAUGGUUUUACAAAUCCAUCUAACAAUUCAGACAGAUUUUGUUUAGGACAGCUGAGCAAUGUAAAUCGAAAUAGCACAAUAGAAAAUACUCGUAGACACAUAGGUAAAGGUGUUCAUCUAUAUUAUGUGGGUGGAGAAGUUUAUGCUGAGUGUUUAUCUGAUUCAGCAAUUUUUGUUCAGAGUAGAAAUUGCAAUCAUCAUCAUAAUUUUCAUCCAAGCACUGUAUGUAAAAUACCAUCUGGUUGUUCUCUUAAAAUAUUCAAUAAUCAAGAAUUUGCACAGUUACUUUCACAAAGUGUUAAUCAUGGUUUUGAGGCCGUUUAUGAAUUAACCAAAAUGUGCACUAUACGAAUGAGUUUUGUAAAAGGAUGGGGUGCUGAAUACCAUCGACAAGAUGUAACUAGUACACCUUGUUGGAUAGAAAUACACUUGCAUGGUCCACUGCAGUGGCUCGAUAAAGUUUUAACACAAAUGGGAUCACCUCAUAAUGCCAUUAGUUCCGUGUCGUGAGUGAAAUAUGCUGAUUCCCUAAAUGGUCUGAAAUUACUUUUCUGUGUUUGCCAUGAUAUUAUGUGAAUGAAAUAUUGUGAAAAUUGAAUAUAUGAUAGGUGCAUAGGUGAUUUUAAUGAGAAGUUCUAUUGAAUUUAAUAGUCUAAAAUUAUUGUUUUAAUUCUGACUGACAUGAUUUGAAAUCAUACAUAUUUUACUUGAAUAUGAUAUUUUAGGGGAAAUUUGUUUUUGUGAUGCUUUAUUGGGAAG